AUGCCAUGUGUCAUCCAGGAUCACGAACGCUCCUUCACUUCUGCGUUCACAGUUCACUUCAACCGUCUUCAGCUAGGCAGUCGGCUCACCGAACUUGAUCGCAGCGUAGAACAUCCAAGUGGCGCAGUACGCGCCUUGGAUCGUGAGGAGGUCGAGGGGCUGGGUAAAACCCCACCCCAAGGUGGAGAAGAAACUGUUUUACCUACGGGGAGUAGUUUGCACUAUUCAGAGGAAAACGUUGUGCCGCGAGAUGAAAUUGAAUUCACUGAGGACAGCCAUGUCUUUUUCAGGAACGGCGCAGUGUAG